CAUCUCAUGGCAGGCAGGAAGAAGAGGCCUCGUGACUGUCCCUUAUGCAGCACGGCUCUUACGCGGUUCUUCGUCAGUAUGGAGGAAACGAUCCGCAUGUGUCCCUCUCGCACAUGCCCCUUCCCCUUUGAGGAACCGACCAAAGCGCUGGCUCAAUUGAUUACACCCAUUGACUUCUCCAUGGACAAGGUAGAUUUGGGUCCUCGCCACUUGUCGGAUCAGGGCAUCUCAGAUAACAUCACAAUACUGCCUGAAGGAAAACGAGGACGACACUUGGCUUCGACACCACAAGACCUACUUCUGCACCUACCUCCGUUGCGCAAGAAGCGUCGAACUGCCAUUCGCCCACCCAAAGGGAUGCUUUGUACGGUGGAUAAUGUCAGGGCUACUUGUCCGACUGUACGAGCCCCGGAAAACUACACGCUGGCCAUUCAAUUGCCGCCUGCAUGA